AAAUAGAAACAAUUAAUGCUUAUCUUUCCGAAAAACUCGCUUCGGCUCCCGCCGCUUCCUCCGUUUUUGACAUAAGAUUAAAAAAUACUGAGUUAGAAGAAAAAGUAAAGAAAUUAAAAGAUGAAAAAAAUACCUUUGACAACACUAUUAUCGAAAUUGUCGAAAGAUACGGGCGAACAUUAACAGAAUUAGAAACAGCCCACGAGGCAGAAUUAGCGAUCAAAGACAAGGAAUUACUAGUAAAACAAGACAAAAAUGAUGAAUAUAGAACUAUAAUUAAAACUCUUUCUGCCGCUCCUGCUCCCCUAACUCGAACUGGUUCCGGUUCUUCGCGUUUGCCCUUGCCUAUUUCCCGCACUAAUUCCGAAAAAAAUUAUUUCAAUGGUCGCGGUGGAUUUGCCAAGGCAAGACGCCGUUCUUCCGUGCGAACCCGCACUUAUUCCAAUUCCUCAAUUUCUUCUUGGCGAGAUAGAAGAGAACCGGGCAACCCCGAUGAAGCAACUAGCGAUAACCUAAAUGCUCUCCAUGAAAUUUUACGGGAAGAUUUAAAAGGGCAGUUAGCGGUCGGAGAAAUUUUAACCGAGCAAGUAAAAACAUUAGAAGAAAAAAUUAAUAUUUUAGAAGAGGAAUUAGCCGAAAUUAAUUCCUCGGCAACCGAAGAAAGUCCAUUAGGAAACUCAGAAAUUAAAACAGAAUACUUAUCAAAGAUAGGGAAAUUAAUAAAAAUUUUAAACAAAACCCAGGAAGCUUUGAAAAUGUUGGAAAAAGAAGCCUUAACACUUUUCAUGGUUCCUAGUGAGGAAAAAGGUGAAGAGAGUGAUGAGGAAGAAUUAGAGCGGGAAUAUGCCGAGAAAUUUAACAUUGACUUAGUCAAAACUCUUAAAGAGGGAAUGGUGACACUUUUGACUCAGGCGAAAAAAGUAGAGGACUGGGAAAUUAAAGAGGUUCGGUUUGAUGAAAGUAGUUUCCACGAAAAGAAAAAAAUUACCGAGGAAGCCAUUGCUGAUACCGAAAAAAUAGUGGAGAAUAUGAUUAACCAUUUGGCUGAUUAUGACAAGGAAACGGCGGAAACUGAGGAAACUACGGCAGACUUAGACCCAGAGUUAGCCGCAACCGAAAAAAAAGCCGGCAAAGUUAAAAACUGCUUAACUAACCAAGGAGAUUAUUUAAACGAGCAAAUUGAGCGUUUAAGGGCGACCAUUGCCGCUCAACAGGAAUUCCAACGUCAAUUAGAUGAGGAAAUUGCGGAAAAUGAAAAGAGAAUUGAUGAACAAAAAACGAAAGUAAAAGACUUUGAAAAACUAGAAAAUAUGAUUUCUAUUUCAAACCCAAGCGAAGAAAGUGAACAAAUAUCAUUUUUUAGAAAGAAGAAAAAUGAUUCUCAGCAAGAGAUAGAGGUUUUGGAAAAAAACUUAGGGAAAAAACGCCACCAACGAGAAAGCAGUGUUAGUGAAACGAAAGCUUAUGAAGAAGAAGCCGACUGA